ACUGAGUGUCUGUCUGUUUAAAAUGGCAGCUGAAUCGGCGGAUAAGGGUUCGGCUCUUCAGAAGCUCCAGUUUGCGCCGUUCUGCAGUGCUUUAGAGGCCGGGUUCUGGCACCAGCUCACCCAAAAGAAGCUCGAUGACUACCGUCUGGACGAAAGUCCAAGAAGCAUCAAGGGUUUUUAUUAUAAUGGUGACCCGUCUGGCCUGCCAACUCGCCUGAGCCUGGAGUACAGCGCGUUUGAUGAUGACGGACCCACGCCGGCUCACUGCUGCGCUGCUAAAGGAACUCUGUACAACACCAACACGCUGGAGGCCUUCAAGUCUACCGACAAGAAAGCGCUGCUGGACACAGCCGCUAACGAGAUCUGGAGUGCCAUACAGUCGGGUGCUGCGGUGGAGGACCCGUCAGUCCUGACCAGAUUCAUCCUGCUGACGUUUGCGGACCUGAAGAAAUACCAGUUCUAUUACUGGUUCUGUUUCCCCGCUCUGUGCUUUCCUGAUGGAAUUCAGCUGCUGAAGAGUCCUGCGUUAUUAGAGGAGAAAUUCAGCCCUCGACAGAUUUCGGCUCUGCAGGCAGCCUACGACGGCCUGCGUUCCUCCACUGGAAGCACGGCCGUGCCGUAUUUCCUGCUGAAGUACUCGGAGGAGAAGGUCGACGUGGCUCUGCUGAAAGACUGGAGCUCGUUCUUCUCCGACGCGAACAAGGUAACGGUGGGCGUGUACGAUCCGUGUACUCUCGCUCAACACCCCGGCUGGCCUCUUCGUGAUUUCCUGAUGCUCAUCGCCUGUAAAUGGGCUGACCAGCUGGACGUGCUGGAGGUGGUGUGUUUCAGAGACCGGACGCUGCAGGGCUCUCGCUCGGUGCAGCACAGCCUGGUGCUUGAACUCAAGCUGCCCAGUGUGUCCUCAUCCGCAGCUUGUCCGAAGAGCGUGGGCUGGGAGAAGAACUCCAGAGGAGCCAUGGGACCCAGAAGUGUCAACCUCAGUGACUGUAUGGACCCGAAAAGACUUGCAGAAUCAUCGGUGGAUCUGAAUCUGAAGCUGAUGCGCUGGAGACUCGUUCCCUCUCUGGAUCUGGACAGGGUCGUGUCCACCAAAUGCCUCCUGCUGGGAGCUGGAACUCUGGGCUGCAACGUGGCGAGGACGCUCAUGGGCUGGGGGGUGAGACACGUCACGUUUGUGGACAACGCGAACAUCUCGUACUCGAACCCGGUGCGUCAGGCUCUGUACGAGUUCGAGGACUGUCUGAGUGGAGGCAAACCUAAAGCCCCGGCUGCCGCGGACAGACUGAGGAAGAUCUUUCCUGGCGUGAACGCUGAGGGCUUAAACAUGAGCAUCCCGAUGCCCGGCCACCCGGUCAACUUUUCCGAAGUGACCAUGGCUCAGGCGCGGCGGGACGUGGAGCAGCUGGAGGAGCUGAUCUCGGGACACGACGUCGUCUUCCUGCUCAUGGACACUCGGGAGAGUCGAUGGCUUCCGACGGUCAUCGCAGCCAGUCAGAGAAAGUUGAUAGUUAAUGCUGCUCUGGGAUUCGAUACCUUCGUGGUGAUGAGACACGGCCUGAAGAAACCCAAAGACUUAGACGCGGGCGACUCCAGUCCUUCAUCGUCCUCGUCUGUUUCAGACUCUUCAUCAUCCUCCGCUCCAGCAGCACCGGCGUCUCUGUUCUCCAACAUACCUGGUCAUCGACUCGGCUGCUACUUCUGUAACGAUGUGGUCGCUCCUGGAGAUUCGACCAGGGACCGGACUUUGGAUCAGCAGUGUACGGUGAGCCGGCCCGGUUUGGCCAUGAUCGCCGGGGCUCUGGCUGUAGAGCUGAUGAUCUCCAUCCUGCAGCAUCCAGAGGGGGGCUACGCCGUGGCCAGCAGCAGCGACGAUCGCAUGAACGAACCGCCGACCUCGCUCGGCCUCGUUCCGCAUCAGAUCCGUGGUUUCCUCUCCAGAUUUGAUAACGUGCUUCCUGCCAGCCUGGCCUUCGAUAAGUGCACUGCCUGCUCACCAGUGGUGCUGGAACAUUACGAGCGUGACGGAUUCCAGUUUCUGUCGAAGGUGUUUAAUUCGUCUCAUUCCUUCCUGGAGGAUCUGACCGGUCUGACUUUACUACAUCAGGAGACUCAGGCUGCCGAGAUUUGGGACAUGAGCGAUGAUGAAAGUGUUUGAGACGGAACCACAGAUAACGCAUAACGCUUCUCUAUAUAUCUACAUAACGACAUAUAAACCGUAACGAAGCGUAAAAACGCGCUUCACUGACCGAUCAAGGACUCUGAACAACUACUCCACGUGUUUAACGGAGCGUGAGAGCUAAAAUCCGUUCACAUCCAGUGUGAAUCAUCAACGACCCAAUAAAUCAAACCUCCAGCAGUUCACACAUCUCUGGAUUUGAUUCAGCGCUCAUAAACGACAUGGUCAAAAGUAUGUGGACACGCCUUCUAAUCGUUGUUUAAAUGUAGUUUUGAUCUGAUCAGUGAAACGUUCAGAUUUGUAAGAUUCUAAUAUUCACUGGACAUCUACAAAUAAAAUAAAUGUUGUUCUAUUGUAAAAGCUCUUGAUGUUCCUGAUCUAAUAACGUCAUUUUUUUGUUUGUGUAUUAAAAUAAAAAUUAAUG